CCCCAACCACUCCGCAACGGCUGUAUCCAAGACGUCGACCUUGCGAGUCUCGGUCGUCCUCGAGAGUUUCAGCACCCUCACUUCAGCGUCGGCUGCUGCCCAGGGUCAGCUGAAUCCUGCCUUCCCGCUCUCGGUCCCCGGCCACAACAUGGGCGACCUGGAGCUGCUACUGCCGGGGGAGGCUGCCGUGCUGGUGCGGGGGUUGCGCAGCUUCCCGCUGCGCGAGAUCGGAUCCGGAGGAUGGAACCAGCAGCAUGAGAACUUGGAGAAGCUGAACAUGCAGGCCAUCCUUGAUGCUACAGCCAGCCAGGGCGAGCCCAUCCAGGAGCUGCUGGUCACCCAUGGGAAGAUCCCGACGCUAGUUGAGGAGCUGAUUGCAGUGGAGUUGUGGAAGCAGAAGGUGUUCCCUGUGCUGUGCAGACUGGAGGACUUCAAGCCCCAGAACACUUUUCCCAUAUACAUGGUGGUGCACCAUGAGGCCUCCAUCAUCAACCUUCUGGAGACAGUAUUCUUCCACAAGGAGGUGUGUGAGUCAGCAGAGGACGCUGUCUUGGACUUGAUAGACUACUGCCACCGAAAACUGACUCUACUGGUGGCCCAGAGUAGCCGUGGUGGCCCUCCUGAAGAGGAGGAGUGCCAGUCCAGCACCCCCAUGCAGGAGCUGCAGAAGCAGGCAGAGCUGAUGGAGUUUGAGAUCGCAUCGAAGGCCCUCUCAGUGCUGCGCUACAUUACAGACUGUGUGGACAGCCUUUCCUUGAGCACCUUGAACCGCAUGCUCAGUACCCACGACUUGCCCUGCCUCCUGGUUGAACUGCUGGAGCACAAUCCGUGGAGCCGGCGGGAAGGAGGCAAGCUGCAGCAAUUUGAGGGUGGCCGUUGGCAGACAGUGGCCCCCUCAGAGCAGCAAAAGCUGAGCAAGUUGGAUGGGCAGGUGUGGAUUGCCCUGUACAACCUGCUACUGAGCCACGAAGCCCGGGCCCGCUACUGCUUCACCAGCUUUGCCAAGGGACAGCUACUCAAGCUUCAGGCCUUCCUCACAGACACACUGGUCGACCAGCUUCCCAACCUGGCAGGCCUGCAGGGCUUCCUGGCCCACCUGGCCCUGACUGAAACCCAGCCCCCUAAGAAGGACCUGGUGUUGGAACAGAUCCCAGAAAUCUGGGAGCGGCUAGAGAGAGAGAACAGAGGCAAGUGGCAGGCUAUUGCCAAGUACCAGCUGCGGCAUGUAUUCAGCCCCUCAGAGCAAGACCUGCGGCUGCAGGCACGAAGAUGGGCUGAGACCUACAGGCUGGACGUGCUAGAAGCAAUAGCUCCAGAGCGGCCCCGCUGUGCCUACUGCAGUGCAGAGGCCUCCAAACGCUGCUCGCGAUGCCAGAAUGAAUGGUAUUGCUGCAGGGAGUGCCAAGUCAAGCACUGGGAGAAGCAUGGAAAGGCUUGUGUCUUGGCAGCCCAAGGUGACAGAGCCAAGUGAAGGCUACAGCCGCUGAGGGCCACCCACCCAUGCGGUACAACCCACUCAGAAUGUGCCCUGGACCUCAGGAUCUCAGCCUAGCAUCUGCCAGAGCCCCAGCUUCCCAGGUGGUGAGCACAGCGGGGGAAGGGUACAGCUGCCGCCCAUCUCCCCCAGUAAAGCGCUCCCCACUUCCUGCCCUACCCAGCGGGUAGGCUGAGGGCGCUGCCUCAGCAAGCAGGAGGCCUGGGCGGGGGCAAAGGCAAGGGCCGGAUGUGGGGACCCUGUUGGUCUAGUACAGUAAAGCUGGCCUCUAGAAA